AAAAAAAACCGGUGUAACCACGGACGCCUGUGUGUUGCUCCAAAAGACAACGUUCAGAAAGCCGUUUUUUGUCACACAUUGUUCUAUUUAUUUGUGACUUGACAACAUUUUGCAGUAUGUUUGAUGUUGCUUUAAGUGAGGCGGGUGCAAAAGUCGUCCUGACGAGUUCAAGUGAUGAAAACUACCCUCCAGAAAACAUGUUGGACGGUAAACCAGAGACAUUUUGGAUCAGCACUGGGAUGUUCCCCCAGGAAUUCAUACUCAGUUUUCCAGGACUCAUGAAUAUUAAGACAAUUAGGCUCUUCUGUUUCCAUGUUCGAGGGUUGAGUAUUCAUCGAAGCAUUCUGCAGGACCCACAAGACUUUGAAGUCAUGGAUGAGAGAGAACUGACUCCAUCGGAUGCCUCUUUACAGAUGGAAGAAUUCAAGUUUGACUCAACGACAGCACGGCACAUGAAGUUUGUCAUCAAGUCUGGAUUUGACCAUUUUGUGUCAGUGCACAAGUUACAUGUUGAUGGUACAGCAGUACGAGAAUAAGAAAUGCUACCAUUGGCAAUAACUUUGUGUAUCAGGCAUAGAAUUACCACCGGGGUCAUGUCCUUCGUUGCCCCUGGUCUUGGCCUUAGUGUCCCUUCAAAAUUGUCCCAUAGACUUUCAGAUUUUUACAUCUUGGAAGUGCUCUUUGCAAAAUGAAAAUGGAUUUGCCCUCUCAUAGAUGACAUUCCAGGCCUAGUGUUUAGUUGAAAAGAUGCAUUUUGUGCAAGUUGACUUUUUGUGGGCAACUAUGAGAUAUGAUUAUCCAUGUCACAUUUCCAGUAUACAGCAAGUUGUAUUAUUCACCUUUCAUCAAAGGAACCCGACUACAUGAGAUUUCCUUCCAGCCCCAUUCAGGGUCUUUUCCAAACCUUCGCUUGGACUCUGGCUUAAGCUUGGGCUCCGUCUUAAGUUUUGGAGGAGUGUACAUUUUGUACAGUGUUUACAGCAUCAAAUGGAACCUGGGGCUGGAGACGGAGCCUAGUCCGAGGUUUGGAAAAUGCCCUUGGUAGAAACAAUGGUCAGUGUUGAGGGAAAGUAGGAACCAUUUUUAAUCAGACUGGUUUCUCUACUCGUAGUUUGUAAGCAUGAUGCAAUUCAUCAGAAACCUUUGGUACAGCGUUCUAUCUUAAAGGCAGUGGACACUAUUGGUAACUACUCAAAAUAACUAUCAUAAAAAACCUCACUUGGUAACGAGUU